AUGACACACGUGUCGGGGUCAAGGUUCAUAAUGAGAUUUUUGGGUUCCCUAUUUCUAAGGAGGCUCUUCAGGACUCGAGAGGUGUGUAGAGCGUUGGGAGCGCAACAGAGGGUGUGUCAGCUUCCGAGGCAACACCGUUCACUAUCAGUAUACUCCUCGUAUACGGAGACAUGCCCGUUUCGACCACGCCCACCUCUAUCUAGAGCAUUGCAUGCCUUUCAGAAUGAGCUGACAUCACUGGUUGAGGGGUAUUUAUUGGAGGGUUCAGAGGUCAACGAUGAGGUAAGAGGUCGUCAGAUGCAGCUGCUAUCCAUGAUGCUGGCAGACAUGUCGGAGGCGACUGAUGUCCUGGUGAGGAAACUGAACUGUGAGACAAAAUUGACUCCCAAGGAACUGUAUCGUCUGGCAGUCUCAGUGUUUCGAGCUAGAGAGAGUGUUGGAGGUGAUGUACUGCCGAUUGCAGCAGCUCUGUUCCAGCAGGCAGGCCAGGAAGGAGAGACAAAUUCCCUCUAUACCUUUGCCCAGCUACUCAGAACUGGUCAGGGUGUGGAGACAGAUCUGGUGCGAGCUGCAGACCUUCUCUCGCAGCUGGCAAUGAAGGGACACCCGUAUGCUCAGUUUGCUCUGGGUGGCAUGUACUAUGCUGGCAGUGGGCUGGAGCAGAAUUUCACACGAGCCUACAGCCUCUACAAAGUAGCAUCGCAGAACUAUGUUGCAGAGGCCUUCAACGUAUUAGGGAGCAUGUACCAGCAUGGCCAGGGAGUGCCUGAGGACCUGGAGAAGGCUGUGGAACACUACAGAUCUGGAGCUGAUCUGGGUGAUCCUCUGGCCCACAUGUCCCUGGCCAGCAGCUACACUCACGGUCGCGGAGUGACGCAGUCCUAUGAGAGAGCCUUUCACCACCAUCUCCAGGCCAGCGAAUCAGGGCUUCCUGUUGCUCUGUAUAACGUUGGGGGACACUAUUUCGCAGGGAAAGGGGUGGAGUUAAGUUUCAAAAAGGCAGUUGAGUACUAUCAGCAGGCAGCAGACAUGGGCUUCGCUCCUGCUCAGGUUAACCUGGGGAACAUGUACUACAGUGGUCUGGGGGUUUUGAAGAGCAGGCAGCGAGCCAAGGAACUGUAUCAGGCAGCUGCCGAUUCUGACAACAACGCCAGACUCUUAUUGGAGGAGCUGGAGAUGGAGGAGAAGGGGGGAGAUGGGACCAGCAAAUCUUAGCCAGUUUUCAUAAUUUCUGUAUUUUCAUGUUGAGAUUUGUCAGGAAAUAGAUGUUGUGGUUCACAAUUGCUACACUCAACACACAAUUUAGAUUUGGCAGGUAUGAGCUGCCUACACACGUCCCCAUGCCAACAUUCCUCCCUCCAGUUUCUCCUUUUUUGGGCAUCUCCCAGCAUAACCUGACCUCUACUAAUCAAGUUCACCUAUAUAGAUCAGCUAGGGACAGAGUUGUAUACCCACUGCAUUAGGGUUGCAUUUCAGCUACUGAAUGAAAAUUUGGAACAGUUCACACAAACACUACAACCGGUAUGAACAAUUGAAAUCUAAAAACCGCUAAAAAGACUUGAAAAAGAAGUGCAUUAUAAUUAUUCGUGGUGAUUUUUUAACAGCUCACAAGACCUACAGAUAACUGACUAGAGGAGGCAAAGUUAGGAGAUCAGGCGACGUUGAUUGUGAAGGGACUGCCAUUGAUUUCACUGCUUGGAUCGUCCACGUCCUCUCCCCACAGCAGGUGCAGUUUGUACUGCCCCGGGUCGUUUGGCAAGAAUGAGACGAGAAUCGUUCCGUCUUGGUUGUUGGACAGCUCCAGUGCCCCCCUCGUGGGUCCCUCGAGUUUAGCACGGAGGGGGCCGGGCCCGGAUCCAUCCUGAGGGAUCACAUUGAUCGUUCCCAACUGCUUCCUUUUCAUCUUACCAUCCGUGAUGGGCUCGCCCGUGGCAAACACUAGUUUUGCGUUGCGAGAGGCAGUUCCACUCACACUGGCCUUGAACGGACUGCCUCCAAUGUGACGAUCGGCCCAGUACACCUCGAUGCUGUACUCCCCCGGUGCCUGAGGGUGGUACUUCACGCUCAUCGUGUUGUCGCCGUUGUUGACAAUUUCGAUUGGUUUUGGUGGGUGUGGUCCCAAGACAGAUAUGGAGAGGGUACCAGGUCCUGCCUCGUCGGGGACGUUCACCGUGAACUGUGCAGGCUGUCCGACCACGCCCCCCGAUACCCCCGGACCGGUGGCAGUACAGAGGAGAGGGUUGAUCGCCCGGCCUUCUCCGGUGAUGGUGAACGAGUGGGGACUCAUGGGGAGCUCCUGGUCCCCCCAUUUGAGGGUCAGCUGGUACUCCCCUGGGUCCUGGCAGGUAUAGCUGAUCCCCACUCCCUCCGUACUUGAGUCAUCUGCCACAAUUGCCGGCUUCGACGGCCCCACGAUUCUUACCCCCAGAGGACCCGGGCCCGAACCUGCCUCUCCUUCCACAAAGAACUUGAGUGUUUCUCCUACCCUCCCUCCACUGAGCCCUGCCCCUGUCACUUUCACCUUGGUUGCAUCGUUGAUGGCUUCGCCAGUUACGUUCACCUUGAAGGGGCUCCCGCGGACGUGAGAGUCUCCCCAGAGUAUUCGCAGUGUGUACUCUCCCGGAGCAGAGGGGUUGUACACCACGUCAACGCACUUUUCUGCAGAAUUCUCCGUCAUCUCGAUGGGCUCUGCUCUGGAGGGGCCCAGGACGUGAAUGCGGACUCGUGCGUAGCCGGCGUCGUCUUUCGUAAGGAUCUGAAAGCGAGCGGGCUCCGUCGUAGUAGCGGACUUUAGUCCAGGACCGCUCACCCAGCACUUGUCCGUGUAGGCCGCGAACUUGACGUUGGCUUUGAACGGGCUGCCGGGGAUGUGCUCGUCUCGGACCUUGACGCCCACGACGUGUUCGCCGGCGGCCGUGGGCUGGUAGGAGCAGGAGAACUGGCCGUUCCCGUGCGAGGUGAUGUCGAUGGGUUUGGACCCCGUGGGACCCAAGACGCUGACGUCGAGCUCGUCUUCGUCGACGUCGGGCGGACACGAGACUUGGAAGUCGCCAAAACAGUUCACCUCGAACGUCUCCAGGCCGGGGCCGAAUGCUACCAGAGCCACUGGCUGCUGUUGGAUGAUCGGCUUGGAAGGAGCAGGUAGUUUGGCGGGGGUAGCGAUAGAGGCACUCGCUACCGAGGUGGUGCUAGCGGGAGGUGGAGGAGGGUGAGCGGGAACAGCGCUCGGCUUUGCAGCUGGAGUCACGGCGUCCUUCCCCUUCACCUGCAUGCUGAUGGUGCUAACAUGGACGUUUCUCUUCGGCUUGGGAGCAACGGGCGGCGGGGCCUUCUUCUUCCCCGCGAAGCUGAUGACCGAAUCGAAGAUGUCGUCGAUUUCUUUCUGGGCGUCCCGUGCAUCUUUGGUCUUGAGGUUGAUGCUGGCACUGGCGGAGCCACCGAACGAGGAGGGAGGAGGUGGAGGGGGAGGCGGUGGAGGGGCACCGCCGACUGACACGGACGCGCUGGCAGAGCCUCCGCCGAUAUCGAUAUCCGCGCUGAUGCCGAGCUCGGCAAGGAGCUUGUCCGUCUCUGCGUCUAUACUCAUAAUUACAGAGUGAGUAGCAGCAGCUGCUGAAACCGUACAGAAGUGGAGUGAUCUCGGACCACGAGUGAAUACGAGAGAUCAAGGAGAGAGAGAGCGAACUGGUCU